AACACUUCAUCACUAUCAUCAAUCUGAAUCUGUCACCAUGAUGACAAUUGUGAAGAAUGAUAGUGACAUUGAAUCCAUUGAACAAGAAAGUGUAGAAGAAACUACUCAUCUAGAUCUAUCAAAUUCAUCCAUCAACAACAAUAACAAAACAAUGCAUGCAGAUCAAAAAUCCACUACUAACAAAAGGUACAUACCCCUUUUGGUAAUUAACUACCUUUUGCUCUUUGUAGGGUCACUUUCUUCAAGUUUACUCUCUAAAUACUAUUUUAUCCAUAAAGGUUCAAGUAGAUGGGUUUCAACUUGGGUUCAAUCUUCUGGUUUUCCUCUCUUAAUUUUCCCUAUUUUUUCACCUUUUUAUCUUUUUCAAUCAACAAAAAGAAAACCCUUUUCAGAUUUCAACUCAAAAAUGUUAACUUUAUCAUUUUCAAUUGGUGUUAUGUUAGGAAUCAAUAAUCUUUUCUUUUCAUGGGGAAAUUCUUAUCUCCCUGUUUCAACCUCUGCUCUUUUGUUAUCUUCAAACCUUGUUUUCAAUCUUGUUCUUUCUGUCAUCAUUGUGAAGCAAAAAAUCACCUUUUCAAAUCUCAACUGUGUGAUUCUUCUUACACUAAGUUCUAUCCUAUUAGCAUUGGAUUCUAAUCAUGAAAAACCAAAUGGGCUAACGAAAAAACAAUACUUUAUUGGAUAUUUCUGCACAAUUAGUGCAGGGUUGUUAUUUGCUCUGUAUUUACCAGUAAUGGAGAAGGUUUAUAAGGAAGUUUAUUCUUAUGAAAUGGUUAUGGAAAUGCAGCUUAUAAUGGAGAUUGCAGCGACGGUUUUAGCGUCGGUAGGGAUGGCGUGGGACGGCGGGUUUAAAGAAAUGAAGAGAGAAAGUGACAAAAUUUUUGAUAAGGGAAGUGAAGUUUAUUGGGUGACUGUUAUGGCUAAUGUGGUGACGUGGCAAUUUUGUUUCAUGGGAACUGCAGGGAUGGUUUUUUUGACAUCUUCAUUAACUGGUGGCAUUUGUAUGACAGCUUUGUUGUCUAUGAAUGUGUUGGGUGGUGUUUUUGUUUUUAGAGAUGAAUUUGGUGGUGUUAAGGUUGUUUCAACUGUUUUGUGUUUGUGGGGAUUUUGUUCUUAUGUUUAUGGUAUGUAUGUUAAGAUGUUGGAAGAGAAAAGUAGAAUGAGGAACUUGAAGAAUGAGUCUUCUACUGAGAUGAUUUAUAUGGGGAAUCAUGAUGGUGUAAUUGAUUGAAGUUGAACAAUUAUAUAUAUUUUGAAAUUUGAAUAAUACAACUAUAUGAAGUUAUCAUCUUUCUAGUGUAAUUUAUUAGUUAGCUUGAUUAGGACUCAUGGUAAACUAUCUUGGUUUUAAAAUGCAGUCGCGGUUACGGCCAUUGUGGUUGUUACGACGUACAUUGCGACUGUUGCGUUGUAAAUUAUGAUUUUAA